UUUUGUGCCUGAUGGCUGAGCGGUGCAGUACAGUGCGGAUCUGAGCUGCUGCCUCGUUUCUCGCUGAAUUGAGCGCUGUGAGACAUUAUGGCCCAAGCUGCUCAGAUCAAUGUGAUUGAGAUCAACAGUCCGAUCCGAGUGGAACACGAUAAGAAGCGCCGACAGUUCAGUAUCCGUCUGAACGGUUCUUAUGAUAAAGCCGUGUUGCUGUAUGAAUAUGUGGGGAAGAAGACAGUGGACCUGCAACACACUGAGGUUCCAGAUGCUUACAGGGGACGUGGCAUCGCCAAGCACCUGGCCAAGGCAGCAAUGGAUUUUGUGGUUGAGGAGGACCUCAAGGCUCACCUGACUUGUUGGUACAUUCAAAAGUAUGUGAAGGAAAACCCUCACCCAAACUACCUGGAGCAUGUCAUCCACUAAAACAGAUGCCAACCAGGAGUAAAAGACAUUUCUGAUAAGGUGGGGAAUUUGUGACUGGGGUGAGGGUUGAUGGGAGUUCCCAAUGGUUAGUGCGAGAGUGAGAUAUUGUGUGUGUAAAUGACAGAUAGUGUGAACAUGACAGGACUAAUAUAAUCUGCAAAAGACUUUAUUGCAGACUAUGUUUCUGAUGGGAACUUCAUAACAGCGCUUUGCAAUGGACCAGUCUCUUUGGUUAAGGGACCCUCACGUCAACACAAAGGGUUCUAUGGGUGCCCGAAACGAUAUACAAAAACCUUUUAUUGGGUUACAGGGUUGUCACACUCCACAUGCUACUCCAGCCUGCUGCCUUCAGGUACACUGGUGCUUAUACACAGACAGAUGAAACACUUCCACGUGCAUGCAAAAACAGCACAGCUCACUGUAACAUUGUGCCACACCCGCUAUGUACUUCAUAUGUGUGGGUGAGUGUGUGGUAGGUGCUGUGUGAAAUCCAGGGACUCCUCAGACAAUCCUCUUCUGUACAGUAGACUAUGAUACAGACACUCUCAGGAUUGACACUUCAACCAGUCAGCACUGCCCUUUAGGGAGCCUAUAAUGGCUGUUUGGGUGUGAUCAGGUAAUGGCUACGUGUUACUUAAGCUAUAUGGCCAAAAGUGUUUAAAAACUCCUCCUUAUUACAGCCACACCCAUUGCUAACAAGUGUGUACAACUGAGUUAAAGUAUAUGCUCCCAGCUCUUGUUUUUGUUCCAGCAUGACUUGGGUCCUCAACCCCACUGAACACCUUUAAGAUGAAUUUGAACAUCAGUUGCCAGCCAGGCCUUCUGAUCCGACAUUGGUGCUUAAUGUGACAAAUUCUCUUUUAAGUAAACGGACACAGAUUUUCACGACACACUCUACAACUGCUGAUAUAUUUUCAAAGUGGAGAACCAACUCCAUAUUCACACCCAUGGUUUGGGAACCGGAUGUCCAACUGGUCAGGUGUGCAUUUACUUUUGGCCAUACAGUGCAUCCUCAGUCUCUUGUGAUGUGUGUUCUAUUCCUGCAGCCUCCUUCCCACAUAGCCUUAUCAAUGUAUAUAUAUAUGGUCUCAGUAAAGGCCUGAAAUGGUCUUUAAUGUGCCCACUAAUAAACAGGGUGAAUAAGGUGCUCAGAUGACAGCGCAAAGAUCUACCUUGGCACUCUUUCAUCACUAGCAACAUCAACCACUUUGAUGAGAAUGAAGGUUGUGCUCUCAAUACUGAGAGGUUAGUCGGAAACUGUUUUGCCUGAAAUUCAUCAGAGUACAUACACGUUUAUGUACUCUGUGUUGUUUUUUUCGUGUUUUAAAUAAAAAAAAAUAGAUGUACCAAGUAAUCUUGCUACCAGUUGUAUUUACAUCUUAAUAUUUAUUCUUAUCUUGCUUCCAGUGGUUCUGAGUAGCACAGGACCCACCACAACCCUUACUAAAAUGUUAAUGAAAAUGAAUAAUCAAUUUAAUAUUAACAAUAAAGGAACUAUUGAAAUUUUCUAUUUCCUCUAUGAUACAUCUACCAAUCAUGAGAAAAAAAAAAAAUAUAGAAUGUGAUUAUAACAGGUUGGAUGGUGCAUAAUUAUGUUAUAAUUAUUGUAAUAAUUAUGCUAGCCCACUACCUCUGGGAUCCAGUGCUCAAAACCUCAGUGGUGCUAUUGGCCAGACAGGCAUGCCAAGCAGAUGGGGUUGGGUAGAUUUGGAACCUCCGGAUAGUAUUCCCAGUUCUGCCUCUAGGAACGUUCAAGGUCUUGAAUGUCUCCUAAUACCUAUUGCUUUUAUUAAAACGAUUAAAGAAUAAUCUACAUGCUUAGCUUGUGUGUCAGCUUCUUACUUUCCCCCAUGGUUGCAACACACUCCGGGAGCUCCGGUUUUCCUCUCACAGUCCAAAGACGUGCAAGUGAGGUGAACUGGAGACACUAAAUUGUCCAUGACUGUGUUCGAUAUAACCUUGUGAACUCAUGGAUCUUGUGUAAUGAGUAACUACCUGUCCUGUCAUGAAUGUAACCAAAGUGUAAAACAGCUAUGUUAAGAUUCUAAUAAACAAUAACAAUAAACAAA